UUUCCUUAUUUUGUGCACUCUGAUGACAUUUUAAAAUCAGAUGUUAUGAUCUGUUAUUCAGUACUCAAGCAGACUUUUUACAAAAUACAGUUUUACUUCUUGGAUGGCUACUUUUUACUUUUACUUGAGUAAAAAUAUGUAUAAGUAGUACUACUCCUACUUGAGUACAACUUUUGAGUCAUUGUAAGGACAACAAAAGAUUUGUUUUACCGUACAUAAUUCCAACAAUGUCAUGUCAGACUUUAGUUUUAUUUCUAAUCUAAUAUAAUAAAUUGGUCUGUCUACAGAGAUCCAAGGUUUCACUCAGGUGAGGCUGCUGGGGUUUAUUAGAUAUCAUUUCUGUUUAAGCUAAUGUAAAAUUAUAUAGAGAACAAAGUACCACAAGCUUGAUUUUGUCCAUUGUUGUGUCGUAAACAAAAUUGCAUCGAAUAAAGAUUUUUUUUUUGAUGAAUCCUUCAAGUAACAUUAUAUUAAAAAGAAUGAUCAAAAAGGUGAACAAUUAUAUUUUUUGUAAUACAUCAGUUUUCUUUUUCUCUAAAUCUUUAGCCAACUUUUAAACUCUUAAUUUUUAUCUACAGUACAACACAGUCCAUGACCCAUCAGCGUGAUAGGGACAGGGUUACAGGUGAGGUUUACACACAAAACUUCCCCUACAAAAAACAAAACCUAACUGAUACACCUUAUCUACUGCCUGAUAACACAGCUGUUCCUGAAUUAAUGUUGACACAAUGACACUCCCGUCAGAGAGUUAAGAGGAAAACUUAUAGACAUGCUCGGCUGGUUUUAAGACCAGUUAAACAGAAUUUAAUCAACCGUUUAAAGUGGAUGAAGAUUAACAUGCAAACUGAAGUAAGGAAGACAGAUUUGUAGAAGGAAGAGUUUGUGUAUGCAAGGRCAGUGGGGAAUGGAGGGAGUUUGACGUUGGUGAUUUAUUGCUCUACAGUACAAAAAAUAAAAGUCAGCUGCACGUACCAACAUGUUACUAGUACGUUUUUUAUGUCACGCUUGCUACAACCUGCUGACGCCACUGCUGUGUCAUAAGUACACACUGUAUUUCACAUUUUAACAGUGUUUUGUGACCAUAUCAGAUUUAAAGACUAAAUUAUUCAAGAGUUCUGCCUCCAACAGAUUURUGCUUAAAUAGAAACAACAGUAGCUCUAUUUGCGCUUAAAAAAACAAACAUACUACAUGAGUUAUGACUCUUCAUAAGCAUCAGAGGUAAGACUUCAGCCCCGGUUCAGGCUCCACCCAGYGUUUCAUCAUUAAUCAGAGUUCUGUGUGUGUUUCAAAUGUGCAGGCAGCUGUGAGGUGUCCGAUUUAAAGUAAAGGAGGAACAGCGUAACACACAAUGUGCACCCRGGGCUUCGGCAGGAACACACAGGGGAACAACCAAAGGGGAAGAGAAACUGGAGUGACCACCGAGCUGAGGAGAACUACAUGACACUUCUAUCCAAGAGGGGAAACAUUUYUUCUGUGAAGGACGACUGCAGAAAGCCAAAACCCAAUCGACUGGACUCGGACUUCAGAAGCAAACAGAAGGUAGCCAUGCCUGACCCGAUUGGUUAAACACACCCGCGUGAAGAAUUUUUCAAUGUUUCAUGGAGGCUUCAGACUUUCCAGCCUGAUCUAAAAAUGAACAACAGCACUCAACACAACAGCUGCAACACGAAUGAUGACUUCAAGUACCCUCUAUACAGCGUGGUCUUCAGCCUGGUGUUUGUGGUCGGACUUGUUUUCAAUGCGGUGGCUGUGUAUAUUUUUGGCUGUACGCUGAAGAUUCGGAACGAGACCACCACUUACAUGAUGAACCUCGCYGUCUCAGACUCCCUCUUCGUCCUCAGUCUGCCRUUUCGAAUCGCCUAUUUCAUCCAACGGAACUGGGUUUUCGGAAGCGUGCUCUGCAAGAUUUCCGUGGCGCUSUUCUACACCAACAUGUACGGCAGCAUCCUCUUCCUCAGCUGCAUCAGCGUUGACCGAUUCCUGGCCAUUGUUCACCCGUUCCGGUCCAGCGGCAUUCGGACGAAACGAAAUGCCAAACUGGCCUGCCUUAUGGUGUGGGUGAUGGUUCUCUCUGGAAGUAUACCCACAGGGUUCCUUCUGGACACCACCUCACCAAACAAUACCAACACUUCCACAAAUUACUGCUUUGAAAACUACUCAAAAAAACAGUGGAAGGCUGARCUGUCUAGGGUGGUGGUGUUUAUUGAGACUGUGGGCUUCAUUCUUCCGUUGUUGCUCAAUGUUUUCUGCUCAGUCAUGGUGCUACGGACCCUGAGGAAACCCCAAACCAUCAGCCGUGGGGGGUGCCUCAACAAGACAAAGAUCUUGAGGAUGAUCAUCGUACAUCUGUUCAUCUUCUGCUUUUGCUUCAUUCCAUACAACCUUAAUCUCGUUUUCUAUGCCCUGGUGCGCUCCAACGUCCUGACGGAAUGCUAUGUAGAACAAGUGGUCAGAACUAUCUACCCCAUUGCUCUCUGCAUAGCAGUAACAAACUGCUGCUUUGAUCCCGUCAUUUACUACUUCACUUCAGAAACAAUCCAAAGUUCUAUCAAACGAAAAACUACAGUAUGGUACAACGGAACCAACAAACUAUUUGACAGACUAUACACAGACAGCACACAAAGCAGCCCGAAAACAAAGGAAAAAAGUCUUACGCUGAAGGGCACAAGAGCCCAAAUGUAUGACGAGUCCGAAAUUUGAUCAGAUUUCUCUUGUGUAACUUGACUGGCAAAACUUGACUUGUAUAAAAGACCUGAGCUGGAGGAAGAGUGGCUUUGAAAGUCACUCCAACCUACGAGACACCAGAGACUUUGAACUGGAAAUAAAGACACCGAUCCUUACAAAGUCAAUAAAAGAAUGAAAAUAAGCGUGUUGCAAUGUGAAACCCUCGAUCAAGGAAGCAAUGUACACACCUUGAGAACUCUUCACUUAGUUAAGGAAUGGCAGCAAGUGCUGAUACAAACGUUUAACUUUUGCACAAAUUAUAUUGUGACUUGUUUUAUAAACCUUUAAGGUGUAAUAUAUGAUGAUUUUUUAGUCAAGACAUUUGUGGGCUUCAAAGAGCAACAUAAUGGUGUGACAGAUUUUAUGUCCAUACUGGCAGUGAAAAAAAAGUGWCACUUUUAUUUUUAGAGUUUCAGAAUAAGUGACUUCCUGAAUGGCUAAAUAAAGUGAUUUGAAAAGAUAGAUACAAUUAGUUUCUCUCGCUGAGUGCAACUUAUCUGGACUGAAAAUGCUAACCAUGCAGAUACAAGAACAGUGUUGUUUUUCAUGCAGGUUUCUUUUAAAAUUCACAUUUAAAGGUGUGGUCAUAGGAUAGAAGAACAGCACAAACACUGCCUAGAGACUAACAGUUUGUACAGAAAGCUGAUGUACAGAGAGCUUGAUGUACAGAAAGCUGUACACCAAGUCAGGCUGUCACAUGUGAAAUAGAAAACAGUGGAAUCUGAAUCCAUCAWGUAUUUGUUGUGAAAAAACUGCACUACAAAACAGAGCAUUACUGCAUUCCUGUUCAGAGGCUUGGCCUAAGGGUCCAGACUAACAAGAGCAGACUCAUCACCUUCACUGACGAAGAUACCUCAGCAUGCAAGCAACAACACGCUUCCUGAGAAAAGAACACUUUUACAAAACACAGCGAGGAGCGAGAUGCAGAUGUGACCCAAGUAACAYAAAAUAAUAGUUUACCUAGUGAAAGGCAUUCUCACUGGACUGCAACUGUUGGACAGUGACUCAAAACUGUUGCAGUUUCAAUCAACUCUGAGUAUUUGCUACUAGCAACCACUUUUUGCAUUUUACACAGUGAGGUUAUAAAAUUAAGGAGGUUUUUUUGUGUACACAGUUUGUUCACUGUAAGGUUGUGCACGUUGGCAGCUGCUCACGUGUUUAUGAUUAAACCUACUGGAAAGWGAAGAGAGGCUGACUGGAAUCAGUUUUUAAUAAUUAUUUGCCAUCGAAGUGGUUCUUAGAUUUAGAUGAAGAGAAUCUUCAACAACUAGAUACCAGCAUUCACAGCCUAAUGAGAAAAGCCCUAUUGAAAGUUGUGAGAAAAUAAGCUACUAAUAUCAUACUGUAUCUACAUACAUUAUCUUUGAAAAAUACAAACUACAUUUUGUAUGCAAAAAAAAAAAAAA